AUGGCUGGUCCAAUAGACACAGAGUCUAUUGGAAAGAGAUGGGUGGUUCGUGCGUGCGAAGUAGUAGCUCUUGAAGUUCGCUCCGCGGCCGGUUUGUGGUGUUUUGCGUUGGUUUUGGUGCUUGCGGGAGUACCAUCGGUUUUGCUGGAGUUCGCAUCAUUGGAGAGGGAGGGCGACUUGCGUCGCUGGUUGAAUUGGCACACGUGA